AUGAACCUCAGAUCUUCGACAUCUGCUCCUCAGUUUGUGGUCCAAGGCAGCCGUAUCGUGGCUAGAAACGAAGGCUGCUUUCUGGUCAGGCACACCCCGCAUCCCCGAAGAGUCUGCCACAUCAAAGGUUUGAACAACAUUCCAAUCUGCACCGUGAAUGAUGAUGAGAAUGCAUCGUGGGGUGGUUCCCAGCUUAUCCCUUUAGAGAAGGACAAGACACCUUGUGCCAAAUGCAGCUGCCCACCCAGCGCUGCAGCCCCAAAGAGCCCCGUCAGAGGAGUGUCACCAGCUUCAAACAGUAUCAAAAUGCCCCCACGGCCUCAUUCGGAGCCCAGUAGAAAAAUCAAAGAGUGCUUCAAAACUUCCAGUGAGAAUCCCUUAGUAAUUAAAAAGGAAGAAAUUAAGACCAAAAAGCCACCUUCACCUCCAAAAGCAUCCUCUACUGCUGGUUCCUGUUCUUCAGGGAUGAUGAGUACCACCAAGAAUGAUGUCAAAGCAAACACUGUUUGCAUACCAAACUAUCUGGAUCAAGAAAUAAAAAUCCUGGCAAAACUCUGUGACAGUUUACAUACUGAUUCUCUGGCAGAAGUUCUACAGUGGCUGCUUCAUGCAAGUUCAAAAGAAAAAGAGUGGGUCUCAGCUUUGGUUCAUUCGGAGCUGGCUGAGAUAAACCUGUUGACUUCUCGAAGAGCAAACACCUCAAAGGAAGCAGCAGCGGAGACUGGGAAGCCACUCACCGUUAACUCACCACCCACAGUUAAAUCGCCCCCAAAUUCACCUGCAAAAUCGACCAUGCUGAGCAGCGUUAGAGAAGAACAUCAACCACCCAGAGUGUCGAGUCAAGGAUCCGAAGGAAAUAAGGCAGUGCCAAAAGAGGAUGAGCAUAAGCCCCCAUUGUUUAUAAGAAGAAACAAGAUGAAAAUACCUGUUUCGGACUAUUUCAGCAAACCAAAGUCUCCUCCUAGGCCUAAUUCCCUGGGUUGUGUAUCAGCAAAGCCAAUGUCAGCAAGGAGUAUACAGCAAGGAUACAAUCUCUGUCCCCAAAGAGCAUUUUAUCCUUCAACAUACCAAAGGUAG